AUGCUACCAUCAAGGGUUGCUCUAAGUUCAGGAUCCGAGGGAAUAACUGCUAUAAAUACAAUCAUGAUUGUGAUUGGAAUCAGUCUCGAUACAUUAUCUCGACCAACCCCAGUUAUCGGAUAUUCAACUCAAGUCGGUUAUUUUGCGAAGGCGGUCCAUCCGAUAGUCCUUGGGAAGGUUAUGAGUAUUGCAAAAAUGGUGAAGGUAGAAUUUGAUAAUGAUAACUAUUCACUUUCUACCAUUGGUGGUGUUGAGACAUGUAGUGGUGCUGCUGAGUUUAUUCUUCUUGGUACAAAUACUGUCCAGAUGUGCACCGGUGUUAUGAUGCACGACUAUGGUCUUGUGGAGAAGCUUUCUCUUGAGCUAAAAGACUACAUGAUCGAUUUUGUGGUAAACAUUCAGCGUUGGCUUCAGGUUAGCCUCAGUGUAGACUUAGUCAAAUCGACGCUAUAG